AUGGAGUGCCAGCACUGCGGAAAGAGCUUCUCUGAAGUGUACGUUGUGACAGCGGGGAUCUUGGUACACUAUCUCGGAUCAAAGACUAAUUUGGCACCGAAUACCAGGUCAGCGUUUGAAGCCCAUACUUCGUGGCACACCGAACGCCAAGCCCAGUUGCAAAGGCGACCUCGAAAAUAUACUAUUCACGAGAGACCGCCUUGGGGAUCUAUCACCUCGCACAGUAAUCGAUCCGGUCCAUGCGCGCCCGAGUCGGCUACUACUACCGAAUUCCCGUCUUCACCGUCCAAGGGCCAGAACAUUGCGAAAGUCUCUGUAGUAUUCAGCGAGCACAGUAUUCCCGACUUCGAUUUCAACUUUGAUACCAUUUCACCUCUACCACCGACAAGCAGCCAUUCUUUACCAGUCAUCAAGACUUUAGCGGAUGUGGUGGCAAGGUUCCCAGCAUUCGAUAUUGAGAAGACGGGGGAUAUAUCCCACACAACUCGAGACUACAAAUGUGCCGAUUGCGAGGCUAUCUUCUCGACUCAGAAGGACUGUGACCUACAUACUCAGUCUAGAUUCUGUCCUGGAAGUGCCGCCCUAGCGUUUGCUUUGUAUCGAGAUGUGCGCCAGCCAGGUGGCUAUCGAAUCGACAGGAAAUACCUCCCUUUCAACGGACAAUACAGCAGCAUCAAGUGCCAGAAAUGUCACCUGAGCUUCAGCAAUCGUGUACAGAAGAAGGUCCACGAGCUCAGCCAUCCAUUGCCUCAGAUAGAGUGCUUACAUUGCGAAAGAUUGCUCAGUACCACGACCGAGCUCGAAUCGCAUUAUCAAUGGCACGACGAUAUGGAGCACCGUCACCAUCGAAACAGGUGUCGGAGGAAGCUGCCGGGUCUGAAGCUUCAAAGCAAAGCUCUGUACAGGGGGCAAUCCAGAGCCGGAGUGGCCGACUUUGGAGGAAAGUCUGUUUUUCUUGCCGAUGAGGACUUGUCGGUCAUCCCAGAAAAUCCAGUCGAAGACGGCCGUGGACAAGACAGUUCCGAGCCAGAUAGAGAGCUUGUGGCGAUCAGCUUUAUCAGCCCAGAAGAUCUUGAAAGGAUCCACGCUCCGAACGGAGUCUUUCGAGAAGUUGAACCUUUCUACCUGCACCCUCAGAAAGAAACACGAACGGUUUACGUCGCAGAUGCCCUGGACGCCUUAGAAGGAAAAUCGCCAAGCCAGACGUCUUCUCGUUGUACUACAUCAUCUACCAGAAAGGGGGAUCAGCCAUGUAAUUUCCUCAAACCAGGCGAGCAACUUGAGCGUACCGCUCCGCAGCCAAAUGGGCUAAAGAAGAAGCCGUCAAUACGAAAACUGUUUCGAAGGACAAAAUCCGAACCGCAACUCGAGUCUAAUAUGAAGCAACGGUCUUCCUUCCGUCACACCUUCCGAAGGGACUCCGCUGUCAAAGAAGCCUUGGUCGUUGACGGGCAUCUAAUGCUAAGUGCUGUCCUCCAAAAGGUGAGUACUGCUGCAAACAAAGGCGAUCUCAAAACAGUUCGAAAAGAGUGCGAUCGAUUGAUGGCCAUGACACCACCCGCUGGUUCAGAUGCUGAUUCCAGCAUCAUCCCGGUCCAAGCUUUUGCCUUUCCAGAGGGUACUCUUAUACAAGAUACUGCUGGCAAUGCGAGAUAUAUCAGUGCGGAGACAGUCAAUGAAAUAACAUCAGCUUUAAGGCAUACACCUGUUACCAGUUGGGCGAAGACUAAAGUCAGCGUACUAUCAACACGAGCGUUCCUGAGCUCGCAAGAUGGAGAUUAUGGGGAUGCAUUUUGGUGCUAUCGACAGGUUCUGAAUCUCCUUCGUGAACAUCCAAUGCUUUUUCCAGACGUCAUUUGGCAUGCGGCUAUAUUCUCAAAUCUUGCGCACUUGUCAGCGAGAUUAAACAGACCGGAUGACGAAGAGAGAUAUUAUCUAAAAGCACUCGCCAUCUCAUACAAUCGUUAUGGCCGCAAGGAUCUGAACAACAUCAACUUUCUCACAGCUCUUGCUGCUGCAUAUGAAGAAAAUGAUCAGAUGCCACAAGCUGCCGAAGUAUAUAAGAGAUCUCUUUUCGCAAGAAUGGAGAUCUCGGGCCCGGGCGAGAACGACACGUUUAUGGCUAUGCAAGAGCUUGCUGCCGUCUACUCUAAGAUGGGCAGCUUGACAGUGGCACAGUUGCUAUACGAAAAAUGCCUAGGUGGUUUCGAAACUCAGCUAGGCCUUGAUCACAAAGUGACACUUCUUAUCGUGGAUCGCUUAUGCAAUAUUUAUGUUCAGCAGAAGGCUCACGACGAAGCUUUAGCAUUGUAUGGUCGUGCAUUCCCUUACCUACGAAACGUCUGUGAACCGGAUGACGAGCUUCCUCGAAAUUGGCUCUGUGAAUACAUGCAGCAUACACAAAAUUACGACUUUCCUCCGGAUGUCUCAGCACUUCUGCAGAGCUAUCGAACGCAUCCCACUCAAAAGAAUCUGUGGGUUCUGCAAAGCCUAGCUCGGAUUUAUAUGCUCGCAGGCCUCCUACCUGAUGCCUCAGAUCUCUUCGACUUUGUCUAUAAUGCUCGCCGAAAGCUUCAAGGAGAAUACAACACAACAGGUCUCGAUGCCCUACAUGGCUAUUGUCUUGCUCUUGAAUGCAUGGACAGUAUCGACGCCGCCCAUAAUGCCUAUACUAAUUUAGUCCAACUCGCGCUCCGAUCGCCAGACGCGAAAGAUGGCAGAACACGAGCCCUAAACGUAAGAGCACGACUCGGCGCCCUACAAGAGCGAAAGAAAGUACUCGCAGGUGAGAAAGAGGCCUGGGGGCUGAAAAGCACAGGACCAUGCGGAACUUGCAAAUACCAAACCAAUCUCCUCUGUCAAAAAUGUCAGAUCUCCCGCUUCUGCAGCGAAGCCUGCCGCGACCUCUCCUCUCGCUCUCACGACCUAGCCUGCCACCCCUCCGUCACCCUCUGCCAAUCCAAAUCCGUCACCGUCAUCCCCAACGUGCCGCAUCGAAUUGAGAAACAAGUUAUCAACCACCUCUCCAACCAGAAUAUCCAUCGAGGUAUGAAAGCGAAGAUCUUCCGUGUCUCCAACAGCUUCACGUUCAAUUACGACCCUCGAAAUUUCACAACUUUCCGACUUAAAUUCAACAGCCUAGUGGAUACAUUCGUAUCCUUCAACCACGAUGCAGAUAUCCGCUUCGCUAUCCUCAACCCCUCGCCACCGAAACCAUCAACCUUCUUACCACUCGAAUCCGCAAAACACCACAUCCGCACCACCACCACCUCAUCAUUUCUUCGGACCCCAAUCCACGGCCUCAACGGCUCCGAACCCCCCUCCUCCCGCACAUCGUGGGAAACCGACACCACAAACCAAGAUUUCCAAUGGGCCACCCCUGCUGAAACGGAAACCCUGCUCCUUCCCAAGGGCAAAGACGUAUAUCUUGUCGUAACGCCUGGGGAGAAGCUGUUUGGAGAGAUGGUGAGGAAGAGACGGCAGGUGAGAAGAGGCGAUUCGGCGGAACUGGAACAUUUGAGUGUGCCGGACGAGGCGUUGAUGCGGUAUUGUCAGGGAUUGGUGCUGAAGGGGCAGGAGAGGAGGAGGUUCUGCUAUUUGGUGGAGGUGGAGAGUUGA